AUGCCCAUACUUAGACGGUUCUUUUCUAGAAUUCUUCCUGUUAAUAAAAUGGACUUUUCAAACCCUUCAUCAGUUCUCGAUCUUGCCAAUAUCCGUGAGACUUUGACUCGUCUUGAGGAUACCAUUCUGUUCAAUUUGAUUGAACGAGCCCAAUUUUUCACAUCGCCUUCUAUUUAUAACCCCACCGCAAUCCCCAUCCCCAACUGGUCCGGAUCCUUUUUCGACUGGGUUUUGUUUGAAUCUGAAUGUAUCCAAUCUAAAGUCCGAAGGUACCAAUCUCCAGAUGAAGAACCAUUCACACCACGCGCAGACUUGCCUGCUUCUAUUCUGCCCUCGCUUAAUUACCCCCACGUCCUGGCAUGGUAUACCAAUGAGGUUAACAUUAAUGAGGAGAUUAAGGAGUUGUAUAUUAAGCAGAUUGUGCCAUUAGUGGCUGCAGGAGACCAAGACCAGAGUGAAAACUUUGGAUCUACAGCGCUAGCAGACUUGGAAUGCUUGCAGGCUUUGUCACGUCGUAUUCACUUUGGCAAGUUUGUAGCUGAAAGCAAGUUCCAGUCGGAGACUGAAUUGUUUACAAAAUUGAUUUUAGAGCGCGAUGCAAGGGGCAUUGAGCAAGCCAUUACUAAGCCUGAGGUGGAAGCUCGCAUUUUGGACCGCAUUGAGAAAAAGGCAGAGACUUAUGGUGUGGAUCCCACACUCCGAUGGAGUGAGAAACCCCAAGGUAAGGUUGAUCCCAAGGCUGUGCGACGUAUCUACGAAGAGUGGAUUAUUCCUCUUACUCGCAAGGUUGAAGUGGAUUAUCUUUUGAGAAGAUUAGAGUCUGAGACAAAGUAA